UGGCCAAAUUAACGCGCGCUCCCUCCCUCUCUCCUAUUUGAGCUGCUAGUAUUAUAAUGAACGACACUUUCAGACAACGCAAUGGACCAGGAUAUGAUGUCACGCUGGAGGGCUUCUGGUCUUAAUAUACAGAGACAACUAUAAGAAAGCGAUUCAUAGGACGCAUGAAACUAAGGUUACUCCUUUUGUUCGAUUGGUUUUAUAUAAAAUUCAGAGAGAUGGCCUCUUUCCCUGAAUUCCUGAAUGGCUCAUCCCUCCAUGACCCUGAGUCAAAGGUGCCCCUGCCACGGGCAGUAUUCAUCAUGCUAUCCGUCCUCAUGGCCUUCUUCUCCAUCACAGCUGUCAUGCUCAACUCUACGGUUAUUGUCGUCACCCUCUGGCAUAAACAGCUGCAGCAGCCUCUGAAUUUUGCCCUGGUGAACCUUGCCGUGGCUGACCUAGGUACUACUCUUACAGGAAGUCUACCAUCUGUGGUGACCAAUGCCAUGGGCUACUACAUCAUGGGAUGGGUCGGAUGUGUUAUGGAGGGAUUCUGUGUUGCUUUAUUUGGUAUAACGGCAUUAUGCACAAUGGCCCUGAUUGCUGUGGAACGGCUGUUUGUAGUGUGCAAGCCUCUGGACAUCAUCAAAUUCCAGACCAAGCAUGCCGCAGGCAGGGUGGCGUUAUCUUGGCUGUGGUCUCUGAUCUGGAAUGUGCCACCUCUAUUUGGCUGGGGCAGUUACCAGCUGGAGGGGGUUGGCACAUCCUGCGGACCUGACUGGCAAAGCAGAGACCUCAAAAACAUGUCUUACAUCAUCUGUUAUUUCUCUCUGUGUUUCUAUGUCCCGUUUGCCAUCAUUAUGGUCUCAUAUUCAUGGCUGCCCUAUACAGUAGCUAAAGUGGGUGGAGGGGCAGCCGCAAGAGCAGAGGCUAAGGUGGGGUGGAUGGUGGUGAUGAUGAUGGUGUUGGCUUUUCUCGUGAGCUGGCUGCCCUAUGCCACACUGGCUCUAACAAUCGUCUUCAAACCUGAUGUACAGUUGAACGCUCUUGUUUCCGGAAGUAUGCAGUACCACUUCUACUGUGUGGAAAGGACACUUGGCCUUCAGAGGCCGAUGAAUCUGAGGUUCAGACUACCGUGUCCCAAAUGAUCAACAAAAUCAGCCCAGAGUGACUUUAUAUUCACCACAGUCUGCUACAGAAAAGUGCCCCUCAGCUAAAAUUCAAUGUCUUGACAGAUGUGGUCACUAUGAACUGUUGAAGAGUCUUGAAAACUUCUGCUAGCUGUUUGGAACAACAUGGUGCAAGUCACACGAUAUUGCACGGCGGAUUUCUGGCCCAAUGUCAUGCAGUGUACGGAGGCCAGCCUGCAACCGUGACGACAAGAUAACUAAAGACCUGCUCUUCGAUGGAACCCCUUAUACAGCAGCGACACGUUGAAAAGAUGACUCGCUUACAUGCCACCAGAGGCGACUCUAUGAGGACAAAGUUUGCCAAAGCCAAGAGGAGGCUGAAUACGCCGUAACAACGUCACUACAUCGAGAUGCUUUAUCCUGCCUCUGUGAUAAAAGAUAGAGAAAGCACAAUAUUGACUGACU